AAGCUUCUUUAGUGAUAACAUGGGAGAAUCCCGGAGCCCGGAGGGACAGCGAUGAUCUCUUUCCGCUUCGAUGACGUGGCGGUCUACUUCACGGAGGACGAGUGGCGCAGCCUGGAGGAAUGGCAGAAGGAGCUGUACAAGGAUGUGAUGAAGGAGAAUUACCAGAGCCUGGUGUAUGUGGAUCAGCCGGAGAUUCUUUCCAGGAUUGAGAGGGGAGAGGACCCCUGUAUUAGGGCACAGGAGCCGCUCAAUAAUAACUCCGCCCACACAGAGAUAAACGAGCGAACGAUCGCAGAGGAUGAGCUGGACAUGGAGCUGACCAUAGAUUGCCCAGUGGAUCUGCUGGAGGAUGUGGACAAUCAGCCGCAGUGGGAGAUGCUGGACAUUCUGAUAUUCCUGGACGAGCUCUUUGACCUGUAGAUGGCGCUGUGGGUGCAGUUUGUGUAUUUUUUUGGUUUUAUUAAACAGUUUAUUUUGUCUGGUUUCUCUAUGA